UUUGUCACGUGUCCGGAUAUGGGAAGUUGUGGGGAAACUGCAGCUUCCCGUUGGCGGUUUAAUUGAGGGGCACGUCCUAGUGGUGGUGGCCGCCACAGCCCCAUCCGGUCUCUGUGUUGGAGGACCCGCCUCGGCAUAGCCGGGCUCGGUCCGGCCUUGCGCUGAGAAAAGAUGACAGCAAUCAAACACGCAUUACAAAGAGAUAUUUUUACACCAAAUGAUGAACGCCUGCUGAGUAUUGUGAAUGUCUGCAAAGCAGGAAAAAAGAAAAAGAACUGUUUUCUGUGUGCCACAGUGACAACUGAACGCCCUGUGCAGGUAAAAGUGGUCAAAGUCAAGAAAUCUGAUAAGGGAGAUUUCUACAAAAGGCAGAUUGCUUGGGCUCUUCGAGACCUUGCUGUGGUAGAUGCCAAAGAUGCUAUCAAAGAAAAUCCUGAAUUUGAUUUACAUUUUGAAAAAGUAUAUAAAUGGGUUGCCAGCAGCACUGCUGAAAAGAAUGCAUUUAUCUCAUGCAUUUGGAAAUUGAAUCAGCGAUAUCUCCGGAAGAAAAUCGAUUUUGUCAAUGUUAGCUCACAGCUUUUGGAAGAAUCUGUUCCAAGUGGAGAAAAUCAGAGUGUGACAGGAGGAGAUGAAGAAGCAGUAGAUGAGUACCAAGAAUUAAAUGCAAGAGAAGAGCAAGAUAUUGAAAUAAUGAUGGAAGGCUGUGAGUAUGCAAUCUCUAAUGCUGAGGCCUUUGCAGAAAAGUUGUCUCGAGAGCUACAGGUGCUAGAUGGGGCCAAUAUCCAGUCCAUCAUGGCCUCUGAGAAACAAGUGAACAUCCUAAUGAAGUUGUUAGAUGAAGCUCUAAAGGAAGUGGAUCAGAUUGAAUUGAAACUGAGCAGUUACGAGGAAAUGCUCCAAAGUGUAAAAGAACAAAUGGAUCAGAUCUCUGAAAGCAAUCACCUAAUUCAUCUUAGUAACACUAAUAAUGUGAAACUCCUAUUAGAGAUAGAGUUUCUUGUGAACCAUAUGGACUUGGCCAAAGGUCAUAUAAAGGCUCUUCAGGAAGGGGAUCUUGCUUCUUCCAGAGGCAUUGAGGCCUGCACCAAUGCUGCUGAUGCCCUUCUGCAAUGUAUGAAUGUAGCUCUUCGACCAGGCCAUGACAUGCUUCUGGCAGUCAAACAGCAGCAGCAGCAUUUCAGUGAUUUGCGAGAGUAUUUUGCCCGGAGACUGGCCAGUCACCUCAACAAUGUUUUUGUUCAACAGGGUCAUGAUCAGAGUUCAACUCUUGCUCAGCACUCUAUUGAACUGACUUUACCCAAUCAUCAUCCAUUUCAUAGAGACUUGCUUCGAUAUGCCAAGCUGAUGGAGUGGCUAAAGAGUACAGAUUAUGGAAAAUACGAGGGACUAACUAAGAAUUACAUGGAUUAUUUAUCCCGACUGUAUGAAAGAGAAAUCAAAGAUUUCUUUGAAGUUGCAAAGAUCAAGAUGACUGGCACAACUAAAGAAAGCAAGAAGUUUGCUACACUGCCUCGAAAAGAAAGUGCUGUCAAACAGGAAACAGAGAGUCUUCAUGGAAGUUCUGGGAAAUUAACUGGAUCUACUUCUAGUCUAAAUAAACUCAGUGUUCAGAGUUCAGGGAAUCGCAGAUCCCAGUCAUCUUCCCUGUUGGAUAUGGGAAAUAUGUCUGCAUCUGAUCUUGAUGUUGCCGACAGAACCAAAUUUGAUAAGAUCUUUGAACAGGUACUAAGUGAACUAGAACCCCUGUGUCUGGCAGAACAGGACUUCAUAAGUAAAUUUUUCAAACUGCAGCAACAUCCAAGUAUGCCUGGAACUAUGACUGAAGCAGAGGAUCUGGAUGGAGGAAUGUUAUCACGGCAACAUAAUUCUAGCACACAAUUGGCUGUGUCAUCUGAGAAAGAUAUGAUUCGCCAAAUGAUGAUUAAAAUAUUUCGCUGCAUUGAGCCAGAACUAAACAACCUAAUUGCAUUAGGAGACAAAAUUGAUAGUUUUAACUCUCUUUACAUGCUAGUCAAAAUGAGUCACCAUGUAUGGACUGCACAAAAUGUGGAUCCUGCUUCUUUUCUAAGUACUACAUUGGGAAAUGUUUUAGUGACUGUCAAAAGAAACUUUGACAAAUGCAUUAGUAAUCAAAUAAGGCAAAUGGAAGAAGUAAAGAUCUCAAAGAAGAGUAAGGUAGGAAUCCUUCCAUUUGUUGCUGAAUUUGAAGAAUUUGCUGGACUCGCAGAAUCAAUCUUUAAAAAUGCAGAGCGUCGUGGAGAUCUGGAUAAAGCUUAUACCAAACUCAUCAGAGGAGUGUUUGUUAAUGUGGAGAAAGUAGCAAAUGAAAGUCAGAAGACCCCCAGGGAUGUGGUUAUGAUGGAAAACUUUCACCAUAUUUUUGCAACUCUUUCUCGUUUGAAAAUCUCCUGCCUAGAAGCUGAAAAAAAAGAAGCCAAACAGAAAUAUACAGAUCACCUUCAGUCUUAUGUCAUCUACUCUUUAGGACAGCCUCUAGAAAAACUAAAUCAUUUCUUUGAAGGUGUUGAGGCUCGAGUAGCACAAGGUAUAAGAGAGGAGGAAGUGAGCUACCAACUUGCAUUUAACAAACAAGAACUUCGUAAAGUUAUUAAAGAAUAUCCUGGAAAGGAAGUGAAAAAAGGCCUAGAUAACCUCUAUAAGAAGGUUGAUAAACAUUUAUGUGAAGAGGAAAACUUACUUCAGGUGGUGUGGCACUCCAUGCAAGAUGAAUUUAUACGCCAGUACAAGCACUUUGAAGGUUUGAUAGCUCGCUGUUAUCCUGGAUCUGGUGUUACAAUGGAAUUCACUAUUCAGGACAUUCUGGAUUAUUGCUCCAGCAUUGCACAGUCCCACUAAACCUUUUGAAAGAAGAAAAGAUAAAUGAAUAAAGCACUUGUGGUAUAUCAGACACUAUUUAAAAAAUCAAGCCACUGAUUUGAGAACCCAGACUUAAAAAUUGGUGUAAUAUUAAAUGUCAAAGAAAUGGAUAGUACUAUACUACAAAAAUUUAAAUGCAAAAGUAUAAAUAAUAUGGCAAUUUUAUCUGCCCAGUAAGUUGUAUACUAACUUAACGCCUUUAUCUCAUCAUAAAAUGCCAUUAGCAUUUUAUAAUAUCUGAGCAGGAAAUUUUCCUUUAUUGCCUAGUUUCUUGUGUUUGAGAGUGGUUAUCCCACUGUCAUACAUUGGGAGUUCUUUGGCACUUGCUACUUUUUCUUUUGGUUACAAAUCAUGUAAUUAUUAAAAUAUUGUACAGACUUUUUUCCCACUAACUAAUGUGUAAAUGAACAUAAUGGAGUAAAUAACAGAGCUUAUGUGAUGGUCUGUUGCACACUAAAGUUUUAAGGAUUAUGUAACUCUUGUGAAGUAAUAAAUCUGAAAUAAAGAAAUUUUCAACAGAGUU